AUGAGCGACGGUGGCGACGCGUUCGACGAACUAUUUUCAAACAGAGGAAGAAUCGAUCAAGAUUUAAUAUCGUUGAUAACGAAUCAAAUGUUUUUAGCAGAAAGAGAAUUGCAAAUAACUAGAAAUCAUUUAAUCGAUACGAUAAAUAAAUUAAACGAAAGAGAUUUAGAAAUAAUACAGCUACACGAAAAGAAAAAUGAAAAAAUUAAUAACGUAGAGAAUUCAGAUGAAUCGAGUAAAAAUAAAACAUCGGAUGAUUAUCAAAAAUUAAUAACGGCUUCGGAAAAAUUAAAAAAACAAGUCAAAGAUAUGGAAGAUUUUUUAAACGAUUACGGUUUAUUUUGGGUGGGAGAUUCGAAAGAUACAACGCGUAAACCCGAUUUCGAUAAAAUAAUAAAAAAUAUACAAAGAUUAAAUACAGUUGCAUCGCAAUCGAAAAUAAUACAAACGACGACCGGUGCUAAAUUCGAAUCGCCAAGAGAAAUAAAAAUAGGAUUUUAUUCGAACGGGAUUUUAUUACGUGGUAACGAUUUCAGAGAAUACAGUAAAAUUUCAACAAAUAUAUUUUUACAAGAUUUAGAAGAUGGAUAUUUUCCAAGCGAACUUCAAAACGAAUUUCCAGAGGGUGUACCAUUUGAGAUUGACGAUAGAAGAAAUGAAAAUUAUGAAAAAUCUGAAAUUAAAUUUUUCAAAGGUAACGGUAGAAGAUUGGGAUCGAAUUUUGAAAACAAACCUGCUUCAAUCGUUUUAUUAGAUUCCCUAAACGAAUCCAAAUCUCAUCAUUGCACCCCGCGAAGCAAAAGCACGACUUUUAACAACGUAAAUAGAGAUUGGAUGGAUUCGAACGAUGUAAGAUUUAAAAUACACGAUGGUAAAUUAUUGAUAUUGAAAAUACGUUACGGAUUGAGUAAAAUGGAUUCUCUCAUGAUAAAAAUGUACGACACGGAUAAAUUAAUUAAAUUACACGAAAAUAUAGAGAAAAAAUUAAGCGAUAAAUUUAUCAACGAUCACGUGUUGGAAACGAAAAUAAAUCAAAUGAAUUUUGAAUUGCACGUGUAUGGGAAAAUGCCUUUUCGUUUAUUAGAUAAUUUAUAUAAAAGUUUAAAAGAAUGCGGUAUCGUUGAAAAUUGCGUUAUCAACAUGACGGAAAUAUAA